AUGCAAAACCCUGGAAGACUCCCAUGGAACAUCACUCAGCGGUGGGAGUUCCAGCACGAGCAAAGGUCCCCGAAAGCAACAAGGCAGCACCAGAUAUGGAAUCACAACGAACACUGUCUAACCAGUAAGACCUUAAGCUACCGGAGGAAGUAUUCGUACCCUAGGCUGUCAACUUACCAUCAACUAAGGAGCGGUGUAGCAAGUCGAUCUCUGACCAUUGGGAAAGUCGAAGCACAAAGGACUGCACAGACUCCAAGAGGUGGGAUGAAGGAGGAGCUGGGUCAGAAAAGUGAUUAUCUGCACGAGUGUGGGGAGGCUUGUCUGAAUUUCCUGAAGCUCUGCAAAGUCAAGUACUACAACUAUUGUCUUAUUUAUAAUGUACAGAGGGAUUUUAUUAUACAAACUGGAGACCCCAUGGGAACUGGCCGUGGAGGGGAAUCCAUAUUUUGUCAACUGUAUGGUGAUCAAGCCAGAUUUUUUGAGGCGGAAAAGGUGCCGAGGAUCAAGCACAAGAAGAAAGGAACUGUGUCAAUGGUGAACAAUGGCAGUGAUCAGCAUGGAUCACAGUUCCUCAUUACCACAGGGGAAAACCUGGAUUACCUUGAUGGUGUACAUACAGUAUUUGGAGAAGUGACAGAAGGCAUGGAUGUAUUGAAGACAAUUAAUGAAACCUUUGUAGAUAAGGAUUUUAUCCCUUAUCAAGAUAUCAGGAUAAACCACACGGUAAUUUUAGACGAUCCCUUUGAUGAUCCACCUGGCUUGUGUGUUCCUGAUCGUUCACCAGAGCCUACAAAGGAACAGCUCGACAGUGGCAGAAUAGGAGCAGAUGAAGAAAUUGAUGACAUGAAAGGACGGUCUGCAGAUGAAAUAGAAGAAGUUCAGGCAGAAAAAGAAGCAAAAACUCGUGCCAUUCUUCUGGAAAUGGUGGGAGACUUACCAGAUGCAGACAUCAAGCCACCAGAAAAUGUGCUGUUUGUUUGUAAACUGAAUCCUGUGACCACAGGUGAAGACCUGGAGAUAAUAUUUUCACGAUUUGGUCCCAUUAAAAGUUGUGAAGUGAUCCGAGACUGGAAGACUGGUGAAUCUCUUUGUUAUGCUUUCAUUGAGUUUGAAAAGGAGGAAGACUGUGAGAAAGCCUACUUCAAAAUGGACAAUGUGCUGAUAGAUGACAGACGGAUACAUGUGGAUUUUAGCCAGUCUGUUGCAAAGAUUAAAUGGAAGGGAAAAGGUGGGCGAUAUACCAAGGAAGAUUUCAAGGACUAUGAGAAGGAACGUGACAAACCUUCGAAAUUUGCUCUGAAAGAAAAAGUAAAACCAAAGCAGGAUGCCAAGUAUGACCUUGUGCUGGAUGAGGAUGUAGAAGAGUCUCACACAAGUCAGUUGCACUUGGCUAAAAAACAGAAGAAGAAAAAGCACCACCACUCUGAAGAUGAAGAUGAUGACAAGAGGGCCAAAAAAUCUAAGGAUUCUGACCGAAAGCACGAAGAGCGCUGUAGGGAGAGGAGCAAGAGCGAGAAGAAAGACAGGCAUCGGAGCCGCAGCCGUUCUCAGGAGAGAGAUUACACUUACAGCAGACAAAGAGACAAAUACAGGGAAGACGUCCGAGUAAGAGACUGGGAUAAAAAAGCAGACAGAAGCAGAAGUCCUAAGAAAUCAAAAGACAAAGAGAGGUCCAAGUACAGAUGAAGGACAAGGAAAAGACAGAGGGGAACUAAAAUAAUAAAUUUAACUUUUUUCUUUUGUGAUAGUGUUUUUUCUGUAAUACUUGCUGUAGUGUCUGGCUGCAAUAUGCAGUAAGAUUUUAUAGUUUGAUGUCCCUCAUUGGAACAUAGUUCUAAAACUCAAGAUGAAUCACUGCAAAUUGCUCUGGCCUGGAGUGCCAGUAGCUAUGCCUGGGUAGAGUAUUUCGAUGGACUAUGAAGAAAGAGUUCUUAUUAAGAUGAUUCUAUGGGAGGGCUGGUAUUUAAGGAACAUAAUCAGAUUAAACUAUCCCAUGGCAGAAAAUUCUGACUAAUCAGGCCAGGUGAUAUGGCUAUAAUCUCCAGACCUAAACUGAGCAGGUAUACUGAGGGUAUUUAAUACAGGAAUAUGCUUUCCAGCAGCAUCUGCCCUGUCUUUGCUUUGUUAAAAACAAAGCUGGAGUCCAGUGUCUUUGGUGCUUGUGGUAGUUAGAAAACAGAACAAAAAUCCCCCACGUUCCUGUAAUGUUGAAAAUAAUAUUGAAAAUGUUGUAGCAGAAGCAUCAGCUUCUUCACUUUGACAUAGCUGAGUCCUGUUUGAAGGGGAGCACCUCAUGCUUCAGGCUCUUUGUUAAUUAGUUGAAGGCUUAGAAACCAGCUCCUCAGUUUUCUAUUGGAUUCCUAUACUUGCAACAGCUUAAAAAU